AACUUCUUCCAAAUUCCUCCUCGCAAGUCGCACCCCCACACUGAAAAAUGAAAAUGGUAUCAUCACUUGGCCAUUCCCAUUGUGCAGCCAUUAUUAUUAUCACCAUUUUCUUCACAUUAUUACUGCCAUGCUUCUCAGGCGCGGCAAGAAUUCAAUCCAAAAAUCACCCACAGACGACGACAGACAAGGACGAUGAGUUCAUCAAAACAUCAUGCGGAGUAACGUUGUACCCAAAGCUGUGUUACGACUCUCUCUCCCCAUACGCGAACUCGGUCUCCACCGCGGCCCAACUGGCCGACGCGGCCCUGGAGGUGAGCCUGAGAGCGGCCCGGUCGGCGUCGGAGACGGUGGCGAAGCUGUCGAAAGAGCGCGGGGGGUUGGGGGCGCGGGAGGCGCGUGCGGUGGUGGAUUGCGUGGAGAACAUGGAGGACUCGGUGGACGAGCUUGAGAGAUGCGCGGGGGAGAUGAAGGAUUUGGGUUGGGGGGGCCGACAGAGAAUGGAAGAGAAAAUGGGGAAUGUGAUGACUUGGGUCAGCGCUGCUUUGACGGAUGAAGGGACUUGUAUGGAUGGGUUUCAGGAGAUCAGUGGGAAAGAGAAGAUUAAGGGAAGAAUACGCAAGUCCAUUCUCCAUCUUGCUCACUUAACCAGUAACGCCUUGGCACUUAUCAAGAAUCUUUCAUCUUCUUAACUCCAUUUUCAUUCCUUAAUUACCUCACAAUGUCUUAAGGAAAGUGAUCCUUGUCUCCAAUUUUUUUUUAACUUCAUUAUGUUUCAAAGGGUGUUAUUUGUGCUCGUGAUCAAGUGAGUAAAAUAUGACCUUUAUUUAAAGAUCA